CUAAGAAAGGCAACAGAGAAUUAGAGUUUUACCAAAAAGGGUUUUUAGUAGCAGAAAAACCUUUGCUAGCAGCUUUAAUAUUAUUAGACAUUGUUCAAGAGUCUGGGAUUCCUAACUAUUUCAUUAAUCCAGAACUAAAAAAUAAUUUACAGAAGACAGAACUUGGCUCAAUUUGCAAAUUAGAACAAAAACUCAUUAAUACUUGCAAAUCAAUCGAUGACAAAGAAGAUAGUA